UGAAAUAGAUAUGUGUAUAUAUAGGUUGGUCUGAUUUUACUUUCUUAAAGGGAGAUACAAGUCAACAGUGUUCCAGGACUAAUAUAAAUAUAUUGAAGGGGGAAAAACAAACACAAAAUGGGAACAUUAAAGUCAAAACCAGACGAUCAACCAAAACCAGAACUGGAUAAACCAUGGAGGAAAUUUGACUGGGGACAGAAAGAAGCUCUGAAAAAGAAGCUAGAAAACUUCUCUCUGAGUGAUCCAAAUGUAAUGGACAUCAAGAUCCUGGUAGCUGGACAAGUUGGAGCAGGAAAGUCCAGCUUUAUUAACUCCAUCGAAAGUGUCUUUCAAGGACGGAUCUGCUCUAGAGCGCUAGUUAAUUCAUCUGCUGUUGGUCAUAGUUUCACACAAAAACUCAAAGGAUUCACCAUCAGAAGUGGGGAAAAAACUUUGCCCUUCGUCUUCAAGGAUAUAAUGGGCUUAGAACCUGAAGCGUUGGCUGGGUCACAACCAGAUGACAUCAUCAAUGCUGUGUUUGGACAUGUGAAGGACGGCUAUAAAUUCAACCAGGAGCAGGCACUCACUCAUAAGGAUCAACAUUACAUCAGUGACCCUACCCUCUCCGAUCAGGCUUUCUGCCUGGUUUACAUCAUAGAUGCAAAUACAGUCCAGUUCACAUAUGAUAAACUUAUUGACAAGUUGAAGUUCAUCCGCCACAGAAUCAGUGAUCAGGGGAUUCCUCAAGUGGUUGUCAUGACCAAAGUGGAUGAAGCAUGUCUGCUGGUCAAACAAGAUCUAAAGAAGAUCUACAGUAGCAAGAGGAUCAAAGAGAAGAUGGAGUUGUGCAGCACCACAACAGGUGUGCCAAUGUCAAACAUCUUCCCAGUGAAGAACUACCAUGAUGAGAUUGACACAGAGGAUGACAUUGAUGUUCUGUUAUUAAAGGCACUUGAACAGAUUGUUCAGAUUGCCAAUGACAGAUUGUUAGACAGUGGAGACAACUGAAAAAUCACAUAUAUACAGUUAUUAAUGCAUGUAAAUCACAUCACAAAAUCACAUAUAAAAUCAUUCUUUGAAUUUCUUCAUCAGAGGAACAUCAUUUUUAGGAAGAUCAUGGAUUAAAAUGACUACAGAGAGGAUUAUGUUUUGUGUUUAGUUUUACAAAUAUAUAUCUACAUUGGGGUUCAAAGUCAAUGCAAAUCUGGGACUCAAAAACUAAUGUAAACCUGAAAAUUAAUAGAAAGAUUCAUAAUUUGAACAAUGUUUUAAAAAAGUUAUUGUUAGGUUUUUGCUCCUAAUUCGUGCCUCAUCCCAGACCUUUUAUUUGGCAAUUGAAUGAGCAAUCACUCAGCGCUGAGGGAGAAUAUAGUCUCAUUUUAUUGAUAAGAAAAGAGAGAAUAUAUAGAAAGAGUACAAGGGGUGUAGUAUAGUUUCAGCCAAUGAGAAAGAGAAUACAUCAUAUAGCUGAUGGUAUAGGAAUGUGAUACAUAUAGAAAAACAAGUCUAAAUAUGGUCAUCUACUGGUCAGGUACCCAUGAGGUCCCUUAGCAUCCCAAGGACCUUCUCCUAAGCAGGGACCAUUCCCUGUUUCACAUUCACUCCUAGUAGAGCCUUAUAUGGAAAUGGUUCUGGUACAUAGAAAACCAUAUGUUUAAAACAUAGUAUACAACUUUGACAGAGGAAAAAAAAAGGAGCCUCAGUCCACAUACUUUCAGUGCUGAGACCAACAUAAAAUCUAUCAGUUAUGAUGUAAAAUCUUUCUCCAUUUAACAACAUUUAAACUAUUAAAUUGCAUAAAUAAAAUGGGACACUGCAUUUUGGAUUCUUAAAAACAUUUAUGAGCAAAAUAAAUUUGGCUUAUUGAGAUCUGCUGUAUAAAUCCUA